AUGGACAACUGCCCCAAUGACAACAACACGCUGCAGAAUGGCAUUGUGCUAUUUCAACUUAUCGUCUACAUCCCAGUGCUCUCUUUGGGGAUCCCACUGAAUGUGAUUGCCUUCUGGGUCUUCUGCUGCAAACUCAAGAGCUGGACCGAGACCAGGGUGUACAUGAUCAAUCUCAUGGUUGCAGACAGUUUCCUGCUCUUCGCCCUGCCUUUCCUGAUAUAUUUUACCAAGUACAACCAUCCCACAGACAAGCUGUGUUUCACCAUACAGAACAUCUAUUUUACAAACAUGCCUAUGAGCAUCCUUAUCAUCACCCUGAUAGCGAUUGAUCGAUACAUUGCAAUCAAGUUCCCUCUAAAAGCAAAGCUUUUUCGAUCCUCGCUGAAAUCGGCUUCUAUCUGUGGGUUUCUUUGGAUAACGAUGAUAAUUUACUGCUACUUGCAUCCAAAAUUUCAUGAAAGAAAGGAAGAAGUCUGCCUUCAGAAACAAUCUAUUCAACCUAAUUUUUUCGUGUUAUUCUCCAUUAUUUUUGGGUAUUUUAUUCCCUUAGGGAUAGUGAUUUUUUGCUCAGUACAAGUCAUCAAAUGUCUCAAAAAGAAGAUGGCCACAAGCUGCCAUGAGACAAAGUUAAUCCAGAAAGCAAUCCACAUUGUUUCUGUGAAUUUGUGUGUGUUCAUCAUAUGUUUUUCACCUUUCUACAUCACACUGCUCCUACGGUUUGCAGUGGAUGUUGCUGGAGCUUGUUCUCUGCUCUCAGAAGUAAGAGCCUCUAUUCAGAUCUGUGCAUGCUUAGCAAAUUGUAACUGUUGUUUGGAUGCAUUUUGCUAUUACUUUGCAGCCAAGGAAUUUCCGGAAUUUCCUUCUCUGUUCCCCACUUGUAUAUCAAUGAGGUCCAAGAUGAACCAAAGCAACGAGUCACAGCCACCCACAGAUCAAGUCAUGAUAUAA